GAUAAUUAUUAUUUUAUAAGAAAUAUAGCGUUUUACGUAUAAGUGAUUAGCGACUGAAAUAAUAAGACUUUUUCUUGAACUUUAUUACGCGAAAUGAUAAACGCUUCGGGUUAAGUAAAAUAGGCGGGUACUUUCUGCCUCUAGAUUUAGCUCUAGACGUUUCUACUUUUUAGGCUUCAUGUAGUAAAUAUUUAGUAAAAAUAUCACAUGAGCGUAAUUGACAAUGGUAAAUAGAUUUUUGUCAAGUUCAGACAAAAAAUGUCUCAAGAUGCAUCCUAAAUGAGGGAAAGGAUACCUGGAACUUUGGUCUUUGGGAAGUUGGACUUAGAAGAAUCUAAUUCUGUUUUGAUGACCGGGAGGAUUCAUUAUGAAUCUCGCUGACCCGGGAGAUCCAAUUUUUAAAAUGGCUGAUGAUUUUGACAAAGAAACACCGGAUUUAAUGGAGAAACAAGUUAUAAUGGAAAACGAGCUUGAGUUUUCAGUAACAGUAAUCAAGAAAGAAGUUCUUAACUUUUAUGACAGUGAAUUUGAAUCUACAACAAGUUCAGUUCAAGACAGAAAACCAUAUCUACAAGAGGAGAUUCCUGACAACAAAGUAUUUCAAGAUCAGUUUCUCAACUCCAAUAAAAUUAUACUUGGUUCUAAACCGAACAUAGUUUAUGAUGAUGGCGACCAUUUGGAAAAUUCUGUUCAAGAUUACCCGCCCCGCGUAAAUGAUGAGUUCUUUGAAAAGGAUCCAAACUUCAAUCCAGAUUCAAUAGAUGAAAAUUAUUUUGAAGAGUUGGUUACAUCCUACGAACCAAAAGUUGAGUUACUCGAUAUACAGUCUUAUUUACACAAAUCGAGAAGAUAUUGUGACACUUGUGGGAUUUUAUUCCCAGAACUUAAUGCUUUUGAGAAGCAUGUACAAGUAUUUCACAAAGAAACUGAUUUUAAUGAACAUCGAGUAUAUAAAUGCACAUUUUGUGACAAAAAAUGUGUUUCUUUGAAUGUGUUAAAGAAACACAUAAUAAAUAUGCAUACAUUUAAUAAUGGAAAGCUGCCAAAAGUAUCAAAACACAGACGUGUCUUUUAUAAACCCAUGCGCCAACAUAGAUGCACAAUAUGUUCCAAAAAAUUUGUUGCACCUCAUGUAUUAAAAAAGCAUCUUAUAAAUAUACAUAAAAUUAAUUAUGAGGAAGUCCCACAUCAAUCAAAUCCGAAUACCAAAACCAAUAUUGAUAGUCAAAUUGUAAACCAAGAAAAACCUUCCGGAUGGAGUAUUAAUUGUUUUCAUUGCAAAAAAACAUUUGAUACGCAGAAAUGUCUAAUUGAACAUUUGUACGACAUUCUACAGAUGAAAAGAAAAAAUACUGAGAUUGUUCCAGUGUUGAAGUCGAUUUUAUUUAAAUGUAAUAAAUGUGACAUUCAUUUUACUACAUCACAAUUUGCAGCAAAUCAUACUGAGCAUAUGGAAAUGCUAAUUAAUUGGAAGUGUACUAUCUGUAAUCGAAUUUUCAAAAAAGAAGAUGCCUUAAGUCAUGAAAGACAGCACUCAGUUUCGAACAACUUCGUAGUAUAUAAUAUGGAAAAUGUAGAUGUUACAAAAAUUUUAUACAAGUGUUCUAAAUGCGAGGUUCUCUUUGCCGAAAGUAGCUUUCUUUAUCAUUUCCGAGACUGUGGGUUAGAAGUUUCGAAAUUUAUUUACUGCAAAAUUUGUAACAUGUCUUUGGAUUACAAUUUAAAAACCUCUCACGAAUCUGACCAUAUGGAACCGAAUUAUCGAAAUCUUAUUAUAAAAAGUGAUGUAAUUUCUGAUAACCCCGUAAAGACAACCACAUAUAAAUAUCAAGCAAACAAUAACUCACAAAAAAUACAAAAUCCCUUUCGUGAGGUUAAAGUGGUUUUAGAAAAAAUUGAUUCAAAUAAAAUCAAUAAAUGUAAUGUUAUGUACAACAACAAUACGGCACCAAAAGAUAAUGCCUCAGGAUUAUAUUCAACGACUAAUACUACAGAAAGAGACAAAAAUAAGGAGCAUUUCCGUCAAAAGCGUCAUCUAACAUAUUACUAUUGCGGAACUUGUAAAUGCUUUGUAAGCAAACUAAAGAGGAAAAUACACUUAGAAGCACGCUGUAAAAAAAUGACUAAAGAGACUUGCGAGCGCUGUGGUCUUACAUUCACUACUGCAUCUAUGUUGACACACAGAAGCCUACACAAAGAAAGGAAAGACUUGACAUUGAAGAGUUUUAAAUUCUUUAACCUCUACGAUGGGCAAUCCAUAAAUCCUGCCAUGCCUGGAGUUGUAAAUACCAAACGGACUGCUGCGCUCGGAAGGCGCAAUAUGACAUAUUAUUAUUGUGAGACUUGUCAAUGCUUUUCGACUAAGUUCAGUAAAACCUAUAAAUUCCAUAAACGAAGGAUGUGUAAAAAAAUAACCAAAGCAACUUGUAAGCAUUGUGGUCUUACAUUUACAACUGCAUCUAUAAUGACACAUACACGUUUACACGAGGAAAGAAAAGGCUUGACAGUGAAGAAUUUUAAAUUGUUUAACCUGUACAAUGGCCAGCCCAUAGAUCCUCCGGUACCUGAAAGUAUAAUUUUAAAACAACUUGCGAAUAAUGGAGCUGAAACGGAACAUACAAAACGACCUGUGAAUAAUGGAGGCAUGAGUAAGAAGAUAAACUUAAAAUAUUACUUCUGUGAAACUUGUAAAUGCUCCGUAACGAAUUUUAAAAAAAAUGUCCACUUGGAGGCACGGUGCAAGGAUUUGAAUACGUCAAUUUGCAAAUACUGUGGUCUAACUUUUACAACAGGGUCUAUGACAACACAUAUGCGACUACACCAAGCAAUAAAAGGCUUAACAUUCAAAAGUUUUAAGUUCUUUAACCUUUUCAGUGGCUUGCGCAUAAGUCCUCCAAUACGUGAAGUAACAAAUUUAAAUCCACAUGUAGACACACUCACCGAUUUGGAGCCAAAUUCUUGUGAACAAACUAGUAAUAAACAACAAGAACUGCAGAUAGAUAACAAUGAAUCUAGAUUUUGUUUCACUACAGAAACUUCAGUAACUAAUCAGGAGAAGGUAGUUAUGUGCCGAAAGGCGAAUCUAACAUAUUACUACUGCGAGACUUGUAAAUGUUGCGUAAGGAAAACAAAGAGAAAUAUCCACUUAAAAGCACUCUGUAAAAGAUUUCCGAAAGUGACUUGUAAACACUGUGGCAUGUCGGUCACUGCUAAGUCUUUGACUGCACAUAUGCGUUUACACGAGGAAAAUAGUGACUUAUCAUUAAAGAAUUUUAAAAUCUUUAACCUAUACAAUGGCUUACGCAUGAGAUUGCCUGUACCUGAUAAUACGAGUAUAAAGGGUAAUAUGAAUAAUGCAGCUUCGGUUGAAAAAAACAAAGGAUCUGCGAAAAAUAAGAAAAACUGGAAAACAAGGCGUAAUUUUACAUACUAUUAUUGUGAAACUUGUAAAUGCUCCGUAACCAAAUUUAAAAAAGAUUUCCAUUUAGAAGCAAGGUGUAGUAAAAUUACUAAAAUUAUUUGUGAACUGUGUGGUCUAAUGUUCACUAAACAAUCUAUGAUUACACAUAGGCGCCUACACGAGGAAAAAAGUGACUUGUCGUUGAAGAAUCUGAAGUUCUUUAACCUUUAUAAUGGCAAACCAAUGGAUCCUCCUGUAUUGGAAGUUGCACAAAAAGCAAUUUGUUAUAAAGCUGAACUUGUUAAUGUAAAGCAACCAACAAACGUUACUGAAGCUAAAAAUCUAUGUGUAAUACAACACAAUAACGAUGAAGAUAAUCUUGAUAAUAUAAACCGACCUGUCAAUAUUGAAGGUACAUAUUUAUGUUCUCAACCAUCUAUAAAUAAUGAAACUGAUGUUGAAAAUAUAAACCGGAUUUCCAUCAAUCAAGCUCGAAAUGAAAAUGAUACGCAGUCUAUUAAUACUAUAGCUGAUGUUGAUAAUUUGAUAUGUCCUGUAAAUAAUGAAGCAAUAGUUUCAAAUACAAAAUAUAAAUACCUCUCUAACAUUCAAGCUACAGUCGAAAGUAUAAUAGGACUUGUAAACAGCAACGCUGAUGUUGAAUGCGUAACACAAUCUGCAAACAUUGAAGCUGAGAAUUUAAAUAUUUUACACCCCUCAAGCGAUCAUAUUGAAAUUGAAAAUGUAAAAAAGCUAGUGAAUAAUGAAACUGACAAUUUAAAAGGAUCUUUAAGCGUGGAAACUUCAUUUGAGAAUUUAAUAAGACCCAUUAAGAACUAUACCAAACUUGAAAAUCUUGUACACCUUACUAGUGAAGCCGAAGAUGUAAAUACAAAACUGCCUUUAAACUUUAAAGCUUCUUCGGAUAAUAAUGCUCAGUAUGAAAGUAUAGAUCUGCAUGAAGAAAAUGAAGUUGAAGCUUCUGGACGACCUACGAACGUUGGGUCAACAGUUGCAGAAAUAGAACGACCUGUAUCAUACGAUGACGAUAAUGAUAUGAGAGAUGAAACCGAGUAUAUAGAACUAACUGUAGACUUUGAACCUGAGGAUUUAAAAACUACACACCUCUCAAAUGUUCACAUUGAAGCUGACUUUGAAAAUUGUAUAAAACCCAUAAACAAUAAUAGCAGAGUUGAAAAUCUUGUACCUCUUACUAACAGUGAAGUCGAAGAUACAAACUUAGAAUUGCCAUCAAACUGGAAAGCUCCUUCUGAAAGUAAAGCCCAAGAUGAAAGUAUCAAUCAGUACGAAGAGAAUGAAGUUAAAGAUAUUGGAAGACCUACGAAAGUUGAGUCAUCGGUACCAGAAACAAAACGAUCUAUAAUAUACGAUGACGAUAAUAAUAUAAGUACAAAGUUAAGUCAGACAUACUACUAUUGUAAAACUUGCAAGUGCUUCGUAACCCAAUUUAGGAAAAAUACCCAUAUAAAAGCUCGUUGCAAGAAUUUAGCGAAAACGGCUUGCAAACACUGUGGUCUAACAUUCACGAACGGUUCUAUCAUGACCCAUUUACGUCUUCAUGAGAAAAUGGAAGACUUCACAUUAAAUCAUUUUAAAUUCGUCAAUUUAUUCAGUGGUCAACCGAUGAGUUCUCAUGACCAAGACAUCAAAGGUUUUAAACAGUCUGAAGACCCUGUAAUCACUAAUAAAACGCAACUUUCACCCAAUGAAUCUGAAGCUCUUCACUCAAAAAUACAUAGAGAGGCUGAUAAUUGGCGCACAAACAUAAAUAUGAUAUUAUACUAUUGUGAAACAUGUGAAUGCUUGGUAACCAAAUCUAGAAAAGGUUUUCAUUUAAAGGCACGUUGCAAGAACAUCGAUAAAGUGACUUGCGAAAGUUGUGGUUUAACGAUUACUAAAAACUCCAUAGAGACACAUAUAUGUCAACACAAAGAAAAUAAAGAUUUGACACUAAAUAAUUUUAAAAUUUAUAACCUGCAGAACGGGCAACCUAUGAAUUCUCGUAAACCGGAAGAACUAAAUAAGAAACUGAAUGUACCUGUUAAAGCGACUAAUGAAGCUGAAAUUAUGCAAACAAAGCAACCUUUGCGCAUUGAAGGCAAACGUCUAAAGCGUAACUUGAAAUAUUACUUUUGUGAAACUUGUAAAUGCUUCGUGUCCAUAUUUACGCAAAAGGUCCAUUUACAGGCUCAGUGCAACAGUUUGUCCAAAAUAACUUGCAAACUCUGUAGUCUAAGAUUUACCGCAGCAUCUAUGAAGACACACAAACGUUUACACAAGGAAAACAAAGACCUAUCAGUCAAUAAUUUUAAAUUAUAUGAUUUAUAUAGUGGGCGCCCAAUUGAUCUUCCUAUGCCUAAGUUGAAUAAUAGAAAGCAACUUGUAGACGAAUGCAAUCUAUCAAAUUACUUUUGUGUAACUUGUAAAUGCUUCGAAAUCCAGUCUAGAAAAAGUAGUCAUAUACAAGACAAUUGCAUAAACAUUACAGCAUUACCUUGCAAAUACUGUGGUCUUAAAUUUAGCAGCUCUUCUUUUGAAUUACAUAAUAGACUUCACGAGGAAAGAAAAAACUUAACAUUGAAAAAUUUCAAAUUCUUUGACUUGCACAAUGGCCAGCCUAGGAAUCCACCUUUGCCUGAUUAUCCAAAAUGUACCUCUUGUGCUGUACAUUUUCUAACUGUAACGGCUAAGAAUAACCAUAUAUGCAACGAUGUGUCAUCGUUAACGUGCCAUAUUUGCGAAAUAAAGUUAUCUGAAGCUGCUUUUAAAUUGCAUAUGAGCUUUCAUCAAUAUAUAACGGAUAAUACUAAGGUGAUGGAAUCCAAGAAUUCGCAAUCUACUGUUAGUGUUAUCACUAGCAAUUUAGAUCAAAUAACUGAUAAACAUGAAACUGAAAACAAUGAAGGUGACAGUUCUAAACAUGAAUGCCACCAAACAGAAUUACAUACCAACGAUGCGACAUUACUAAAUGCACCAGAUAGUAUGGAAUAUAUAGUAUAUACUUGUCGAAAUUGUUCAGUUUCUGUUGACACAUAUGAUAAAGCAGUAGAACACAGUCAGAGUCAUUACGAGUCUGAGGAAAAUGUGAUAAAUACAAUAGUUUGCAAUAUUUGUAAUUUAAACAUCGAUGAAGAAUGUUACAAAGCCCAUCAAACUGUGCAUGAAAAAGGAAUCCUGUUGAAAUUGUUACAUUUUGACAGUUAUUAUUUGCCUGCAGAUAAUAACUUGUGGAUAAAACACAUUUUUGAAAAGUGCUCAAGUGAAGAAAUCAUAAAUAUAUUGAGUACUUCUAUAUACAGGUUCGAGUGUAGAAUUAAGAUGGAUGUAAUACAACACGGAGAUCCUACUUUAACUGUUUAUAAAUGUAAUCAGUGUAACUGUUUCAUUGAGCCUAGUUCGUUGUUUAAGCAUUCAGAGAAUGCUUGUUUUAAGCUGAGAUAUCACCCCUGUACUAUAUGUAGUAUACCGUUUAAUUCGUCUGCAUCUCGAAUUGAACACGAAAAAAUUCACAACCGUCUUGAUAUUAGUAUGCAGUCAUACAGGAUAGUUGUUUUCAACCGGGAACGGGAUUUGGAAAUAAAUCGCUCAUUCUGUUUACGUAAAAAUCACGUCUUAUAUAAGUGCAGAAAUUGUAAUGUAAUCAUUAGUAAACUUCAAGAUAUUCAUAAAUGUGACUUUAUUAAUGUGAAGCAGUGCCCAGAUUGUGCAUUGUUGCUGAAUAUGGAGUAUUACGAAAGUCAUAUGAACAUGCACAAAGAAUUUGUCAGUUUUAAUUAUAGCAACAUGAAGGUGAUUCUGAUCGGCGAAGCGAAUAGUUUGGAAAUGAAGAUUGAAAUGGACUCAAAAUUUAAAUUUAAAGGCGCAGUGUAUGAUUAUAGACUGUUUGUGUGUAAUGCCUGUGAGAUUUGUAUUAAGAAUGAGGAUGUCAUGCCUAAACACAUUUGUCGUUUUGGAAAACAACGGUCAAAGUGUAUCGAAUGUGGCUUGUAUUUUUCUGCCGGAAGAUUGAAAACUCAUACCAAGUCUCAUGAACAGGAUCCUCAUUUUCUUCGAUCGAAUAUGUACAUAAUCCCAUUCGAUCCGUGCACGGUUGACAAGAAUAAAAAUGACACUAAAUUGUAUACAAAAGAUAAUGAUUCCGAUUUGUCCGCCAGCAAUACCGAUACCGACUCUGAUGCAGAAAUCUUGCGUGCUAAUGAAAAUUAUACAAGUGCGGUUGAUGAUACAAUUGCAGUAACAAUGACGUCGGACUCGGAACCUAUCGAGGAAGAAAUCGCGAAGCUUUACAAAUGUACUUGCCAAUUGCAUUUUUUAAAUGUAGAUAGUAUAUCUAGACAUUUUGGUGUAUGCAAAUCAAAUCCUAAAAUACCCAAACUAAAAUGCCAGAAAUGUGACUUACUAUUUACUCCAAAUGUAUUGUUUACUCAUAUUUUAACUCAUCACAAUAAUAAUGGACGUCGUUUUAAGUAUGAUAUAAUAGAAAUUGAUUGCAAUCAGACGAAUAUGAUUCAGUGAACAAUUAUUUCAAUCUUAGAUGUCAAAUAUGAGCACCUUCCCACUAGGGCUGACACUUAUGUUACUGGAAUUGCGCACUUACAGGAAUAUCAAUUAAAUUUAUGAAUCGUGAAAAUGUUCGUGCGAUGUUAUUAUUCGUAGAUUUGUAAUGCAGCAAUUCGCCAUUUAUUAGACUUUUAGAGGGAAGUCCCGUCAGAGGUCAAUCCAUAAGUAUCAAUGGUUUAAUGAGUUAAAUAAUCCAUUGAUUGAAACUAUUAUAAAUGAUUUAGCAAUAUUUAUCAAUACUAGUGUUGUAAGUCUCAAAAUAAACUAAAUUUCAUUUGUUGCUGUUAAAAGGAUUUUUAGUUAGCAAGGGGUCAAAAGUGGCUCCAAGUGGUUUAUUGUGUCUAGAUGUACAACCAACUAUAUACCUAUAUUCGUUUGUUUUCCGGAUACUUAAUAAUCGGCCAUCGUACUGAUUGUAAUAUAUCUGUACAUAUAGAAUUAAGGAUCUGUGUCUAACACUUGUGAAUCUUAUGAUUUAUAAGAGAACGCUUUUUCAACUUUCUUAAGUAAGAAAAUUAGAAAAUGGUUUCUUAUGUUUUGACAGCGUAGGUACUCUUUGAUAAUUUAAAGUGUAUUGUUUAAUGUUUAUUGUCUAAUAUAAUACUUAUGUACUUACCUAUAAGAAAUGUUAGUGUCCAAACCGAUUAUUCAGUAUAAAUAAAAAUUUGUUU